UGGUGGCUCUUUACUUUGAAAUUCGCCUUCGUGUUCAAGCCAGGAGCCAAGUGUUCUUCUUUCCAUUUCAUUACCCUUCGCCGAAAUUUUCACCGGUGCUCUGCUCUUUGAUUCUUCAUCCUCUUUUAAUCCAUUCAAAGGAUGAGUGAUCAACUAGCACAAAACGGCUUGGUUCCUCCCCCACCUGUUCUAGAGUCAAGCAAGGUUGCUGCCUCUGCAGAGACAAAACCAAAGAAGAAGAUAUGCUGUGCUUGCCCUGAUACAAAGAAGCUUAGAGAUGAGUGCAUCGUUGAGUAUGGUGAAUCGGCUUGCACAAAAUGGAUUGAGGCUCAUAAAAUGUGUCUCCGAGCAGAAGGUUUCAACAUCUGAAAACGUUUUUCUUUUGUUUUUCUAAUACAUAGUUUGAUUGAUCAAAAGGAAUGAGCAACAUAGAUUGUUCAUCGUCCCAAAUGGGUUUAGGGUAUAAAACAGGAGGUUAAUUCUCCAUGAGAGAUUAUGUAUGCAUUUCGGAUACAAGUUCCCAUUUUGUUGUGAUUGAAAAUAAAAGUUUAAAGAAACCUUAUUUUA